AUGUUACGCUGUAUAUUUCGAAGAUCAUGGCCAUUACGUGGACCGUUAAGAGUAAGAUAUAGCACAGUGUCACCUAAAUCUCGACUGCUAAGCAAUGAGCCAGCCAAAAUGACUAGUGGUAGCGGAUCAACAGCUCCGCGGGGGGGAUUUAUGGGUAAACUGCCUGAACAACUGAUCUCCGAGGGCAAUGGAAUGAAACCUACUCGAGCUGAGAACCAAAUCGACACGCUUAAAUGUUACAACAUGUUGGUUGACCGCGGAUUCACGCCUGCACAAACCGAGCUGGUAAUAGACCUGCUAUUGGAAACUUUGAAUAAAAAUUUCUUCUCAAGUUACAACAAUGUGUUCUUGCAAAAUAUGGAACUUGAGAAUCAAUCACAUCUUUUCCAUGCUGCAGAGACCGAGUUGAAAUAUGCUAUCCAAACAUCAAGAGACAGUCAAUUGAACGAUCAGCAUUUACAAUUAAUGAAAUUAAUUCGUGACUUGGACUCCUUACAAGACGAAAUCAACGAAUUGAUAAUAAACCUUUUACAAAAGGAUUCUAAAGUGGACUUUAAUAAUCAAAAGACUGAGAACACCUUACUUCAAAGAAAGAUAAAAUUGGAGUUAAGUGACUGCACCAAUAAAAUCGCUACGAAAAUGCUUGGUAAUGCAAGAUCAGAGAUUGAGAGUUUGAGAUGGCAAACCACUAGAAGUGGUCUUUUGGCGAUUCUGAUUUUAGUGUUCUUCAUUAUGGGAGGUGCCAGUUUUGCAAGGAAAUUAACUGCUCAACAUGAUGAGGCAGAACUUAAAGAAUCAGAAGCAAAGGAGCCAGAAAUAACACAAUAA